AUGUCAACCCCAACUCAACCCCUAGGAGCACCCAGCUCAUCAACUCCAGCACAAAUCCCAAAUGCCUCAUCACCAACCUCAACCCUCACUGGAAAAUACGUCUCUCUCCGACCCCUCACCAACUCCGAUAUCCCCGCCCUCUUCACAUCCCUCUGCGGCCCCUCAAAUGCCUCCCUAUGGACCUACCUCCCCUUCGCCGGCCCCUACGACUCCCUGGAAGCCUUCACGUCCUACAUCGGAUUCCUCAUCUCCAACAUAUCAUCUACCGGCGAUUUCCCUUUCGUCAUCACUAAACUGUCUGACUCUAAGAUCGUGGGGAUUAGUUGUCUGAUUAAUAUUGUGCCGGCGCAUCGCCGCGCGGAGAUUGGGUUUGUGACGUAUGCGCGCGAGUUACAGCGGACGAGGGAGGCGACGGAGGUUGCGUACUUGCUGUUAAACUAUGCGUUUGGGUUGGGAAAUGAGAGGGUGGAGUGGAAGUUGGAUGCGUUGAAUGGGCCGAGUAAGAGGGCUGCUGAGAGGUAUGGGUUUACGUAUGAGGGGACUUUUAGGAAGCAUAUGGUGGUCAAAGGUCGUAGGAGAGACACAUCUUGGUACUCCAUCAUUGACGAUGAGUGGAAUGCCAAUGUUAAGCACGCAUUUGAAGCUUGGUUAUCUGAUGACAAUUUCGACGAAAGAGGACAGCAAAUUAAGAAAUUGGAGGAGUUUAGAAAAUAG